AUGGGGUGCGCGCGGGUGAAGGGGACAGGGCUGGAGUCCCCCGAGGCGACGAGAAGCCGGAGGAGAAAGUUACUGGGCAAGCUGGAAUCAAGUAAGAGUGACUCGGCCCGGAAGGGGAGGGCCAGGAGGGGUGCAAGUCCGUCCCAGAGCGCGACCGAGAGUCAGACGCCAACUGGCAGUUUCCCGCCGCUGGCCAUGCGCGCCCUCACCACUGUCGUCCGGGACCCAGAGACCCUGUCGCCGGCGCCCAGCGCCCGCACCUGCCGACCGCUCGACUGGGUGCUGGGCGCUGCCUUAUUACUGGUGGCCGCCGCCUGUGCCGCUUGCGCCGUGAUCUCCUGGGUAGUGCCCGAUGCCCCCCGCCCGGCACCCAGCUCUCACCCCAGCCCCGGGAACUUGUUCCAAGUCCACGGCCGCGACCCCCAACAGGGUGGCUUUGCCCAGCUUGUGUCCAGCGAUGUACAGCUGACCAAUGGGACCCUGAAGUGGUACAUCGACCAGGGCGUGGCUGGCGUUGUCCUGGCACAGGACUUGCAGUAUAACACAAAGAAACAGGAGCUGAUGGUGACCCAGGGCGGCGUCUACUACGUCUUUUUGCACCUGGAGAUGGAGCGUGUGGUGGUCGGCCUUGGUUCCGGCUCAGGCUUGGUCUCAGUGGCCCUGCACCAGCAUCCUGGCGGCUCUGAGGCCCUGAGCUUGCGGGUGACCCUGCCUGCAGCAUCCUCUUUGGACUCAAAGGAAGUGGACUCUGAAGUGGACUCGGAAGUAGACCAUGCCGUAGGCUUCCGUGGCUGCCUGCUCCGCCUGCGCCCCCGCCAGCGUCUGUCUGUCCACAUGCGUAUCUCUGGGGAAGCUCACUCUGCCUGGCAGCUGACCCAGGGCGCCACGGUCCUGGGCCUUUUCCGCGUGUCCCCUGAAGACCCCACCAGUCCGCGGCCCACAUGA